GUAUGGAUCACCUACAUUGGGGUUACUAGUAUAAACAGAAGAGCAAGCCGCAAUCUGAUGACGUCAUUGCUUCUCGUUUACUUUUUGUGGACUAUUUUUUAUCAUAUGACGCAAGAUAACCAGUUGGAGAUGUUUAUAUUUUUCUUCCGGUGGAAGACACACCAUCGUAUUAUAGAUAAUUUUGCAAUUUUAAAAUCAUAUAUGCCUAGAAAGCAUAAUUGAUUUCGUUGAGUAGUGGCGUUGUUACCGUCAAAUGCACUGAAUCUACUAUUGACUGUGUCGUCGAAACAACUUACUCAAGAGUCGAAUCUUCUCAGUGCCUGUUCACCUUUUGGCUUUUGUCAUGCUAGUACGAUUCCGACAGUUUCCUUUUAUUUCCUUUGACAGUAUUGACGAGAAAAAAAGAUUUUAUAAAUUAUGUGUCAUCCUUUCUUGCUAUGUACGUGUUCACACACACACAUCUAGCUUAAUGACAUCAAGUGACCAAGGAAUAAAUUUGGAGACUGGAACAAUUGACAUGAUUUUCAUGUAUAAGAAAAGCCACAGUGCAAGCACAUUUUUCGUGGCAAAGAAUAUGUAGUUUAUAUAUAAGAAUUCUCUAAUGUGUCUGGACUUAAGGUCUCACACAGACUUGAUGCCAACAUCAUGUCUCAUGGCAGAAAGAGAAGAUAAAGUGAGCAGGGCUUGACACUCCCAGCACAGCUACUCUUUUCAUGUCAAUGAGCGUGUCAGAGUAAUCAGAGCGGUGGCUGCCACAGGGUCUGAAGGGCCACUGGAGGAGGGGAUGAACCAAGCAAAGGCCCUGCAAGUGCAACAGGAAGUACAGCUGCGUUUUCUCUGCCCAGCAGAUGUUGGCGAAGUCAAGAAGCUGUGCACCGAAUGGUUCCCAAUUGAAUAUCCUGACUCCUGGUAUGAUGACAUCACAUCCAGCAGUCGUUUCUACUCUCUGGCUGCCACCCAUCAGUCACGGAUUGUUGGUCUCAUUGUUGCUGAACUAAAAGCAAAAUCUAAAUUGAAUAAAGAGGAUGGUGAUAUCCUUGCCAGCUAUUAUCCCUCCAGCAUGCAGGUGGCGUAUAUCCUUAGUCUGGGUGUGGUAGAUGAUUUCCGAAGAAAUGGGAUCGCUUCCCUGCUUCUUGACAGCCUUCUUUCAUAUCUGACCUCAAAAGAGGCAUCAGGUUGUAAGGCUGUGUAUCUUCAUGUACUUGCAACAAACACUGUAGCCAUUCGCUUUUAUGAGCGUCGGAACUUUCGACCUCACAGUUUUCUUCCAUUCUACUACUCAAUUCAAGGAAAGCCCCGAGAUGGUUACUCCUAUGUGUUGUAUAUAAAUGGAGGCCAGCCACCUUGGUCAUUUAUAGAUUACAUUGCUCAUUGUGGAAGCUUGAUCUCUAAACUCCAGCCAUGUGGAUUGCCUCGACAACUGUACCGUGCUGUUCGAAACAUGGUCCAACGAUUUCUGUCCAGACCGCCAGUGGAAGUCUCCCACAGUAGCUGAGCAUUAUUUGGUUAUAUGACAUAUGGCGAACUUAAAUUAUUGCUUUUGUUUGUAACAUGCCAUUAGACUGAUAUGAAUGUAAUACAGAUGUUAUGACAAAAAACAGCCAUAAUGAAAGGUGAUGGUCCACUGCCUGUGGCAGGAUAAAGUGAAAAUGUAAGUUGUUUAGCCAGUUGUGAGAUCUCCCCUUGUUUGAAAGAUCCUCCUACCUAUGGUGGCUAACAUUAAGCUGCUCACACAAAAUAAACAACCAGCGAAUGAAAAGCACCAAAAAAGCAAUGUACUUAAACCCACAGCUUGGAACCAACCAUGGUUAUCUCAGUACACUAAGAAGCUGGUGGCAGCUCAGGUGUAAAACUUACAUUCACAUUUUGUCAAGCAGCAAGCACAAGCAGGAGAUGGUGACAUAGCAUUUUCCUUAUAUCUUGUGUGCAAAAACAAGCAAUUACCAUUACAUUAGGUUUUCCCUGUGAUACAGUGGUGGUGUGUCUGAUGAAUUUAAAGUAUGUCCUGAAUAUUGAACAUUGUGAUAUUACAUAAUCAUUUUGUAUGUACAAAAAUGUUGGGGGUUCCCCAUUAUUUUAGUUAAUAGUAAAUUCCUAAUGCAGAAGCAUGUUAAGAGUGUGUUUUGGUUUUUUUUUAAAAAGAUAAGAAAGACAAGUGUAUGCAACAUUUAAACUUUUACAUGUUUCCCUAUUUUGGUAUGUUUGGAGGGUGGGGGCAUAGCUGAGGUCAAAGGUUGUCGAUUUCUUUCUUAGCCUAUGUGACUGAAAAAUACCUCUAUCCACCCAACAGCUGGUACCUGAUUUAUUAGGGAUUUAGAAGGUACCAUAUCUAAACGGCAGCAGAGGAAUAGGGUUGGACUCUGCCUUCCAUGUGCUGGGGUACUAGACAUGGUCACUAGGUUAUGGAACCCUAUCCCUACUUUAAAUAAAAUGAUACCGUAACUGUAUAAACUAUAGGACUUUAAACAAUCAUGAAAGCAGCAUUGAGGAUUAAUAAACUGUUAGGUACUUGCUUGCACCUAGUUCUGGUUGUUUAGUGCAGUUUGGCAGGUUAGAAUGUGCACUGGUAACUGGGGGGUGUUAUUGCUGCCUUAUGCAAAGACUAAUGAAUCAUGUAAGGCAGAAUACUCUACACCUCUGACUUGUAUAUCAUUGAAUAAUUCUUGCAAAUUGUCUGUCAGAAAAGAUAAAUGAAGAAGGACUGGAUUUCUGCCUAAAAGUAUGUCAGUUAUGUGUGUACUGCAUGGGACAAGUCAGUUUUGACAUUCCUUUAUAUAAUUCAUAAUGUGGAUAAGCAUGAUUUUUGUUGUUGUAAUAAUGUAAAAGCAUGCAAGUUUUCAUAGAUGCUUUUCGACAUUGCAUUUUCUUAAUUUAACAAUUUAAAGCUGUUACUUUUGUUUUAAGAAAACUCACCUGUGUUAGGAGCUAGUGAUUACUUGAGUUGAAUGCUGCAUUUUGUGCUUCAGGCUAUGCACUGAACUUCUUUCCACCCAUAUAAAGUGUCAAGAAGUAUUUUCAUCCUUUGCCAGUGUGCUAGAAAAUUCUACCCCAAAUGCUGCUCUUUUGCUUCUAGAACUACUAUGCAGAAUCGAUAGAGCAGGAGUGUACUGAAUAACAUGAUAUUUGUGUGCUCAUCUAUGACAGGUUUGGUAGGAUGAUAUUUUAUAAAAAUGUAUAUUAUUUGCUGUUUAUUUUAAAAAGUGUCUUAUCCUUGAGGGAUUUACCAUUUGAGAGCACAUUACGUAGUGUUUACAGUAUGAUUCUACAGUAGAUGUGUAAAUGUAUCACUGAUCUGUGUUAUCUUCUUUUUUUAGUUGUGCUUCCAAGGUUAUUUGUAACCAUAUGCAUUGAGAUAUUGAAUCUACAGAGAAGUGUACUAUAGAUUUCUAUUUUUCUGUACAGUAAAUUUUCUAAAUGUAAACACUUAGCAUACGAAAUCUGUAUCCUUUAUUUGAAAAAAAAAAUAGAAACGCAAAGAAAGUACCAAGCAAUAGGCAUGAGUUACCAUCAAUGUUUUUUGUCUAAACUAAUUACAUUUCACUGUUUGUAAUAGGUGAGCUUUCUAGGAUUGCAGGUACCUUUCUUGGUAUUUUUAAAGUUUUUAAAGUUCAGGAACUUUUCUUAAUCUGGAAUUAGUAAUUCUCAAGAAUCUGCUCAAUUUUGUUCAGCCAGCCAGAAGGGACAGUGCAGUUAGUGUUUCACAGAAGAUUUAAACCUUUUAUUCUCUAUCUCACUAAAAUGAUCAAGGUCUAUGUCUGGGGAUAACUCACAUUCCUUUUUAUUAUUAUAAACAUGAGUGGUAUGUGUAUAUGUUUCAUGUAGAGAAAAAGUUUAGCUAUCAAAUGUUCCACUUUAAUGAGUUGGACUCAAAGUUUGGAAAAUCAUCGCUCUCUGUUGGCCUGCUGGCUAGGUAAAAUUUUCUCCCCUAGUGUUCUUCGCUUGAGGUCAGUUUUACUUGGGUGUAGUCAUAACAUCAAUGUUGUCAUGCUGUAAAAUGAAAGACAGCAGAAGGCAUAUUGCAUUACUGAUAGCACAAAGGAUGACAAUUUAAGUGCAUUUCAUAAACAUUUUGAGACAAUAACUGUAUUUCUUCCUAGCAGUUGAUACAUAACAACUAGAAGUGAAAAGAAAUCUCUUUCUGCAUGCUUCUCCUAUUCUGACUAGACCACGAAAUAAUAAUUUUCCUAGAAAUUUAAAUUCUUAAUUUAAAUUUAAAUUCACAUUCUUAAAUAUAAAAAACUCUUUAAAAAAGGACAGUAUUUAAGAAAGAACUGAAAAAGUAGUAUGCUAGCAAAGAAAUUUAUGUACCCAGAAUCAUCUAAUGUGCUGAUUAAAGAUCAAAAUGUCUAAACUUCAGUAUUAUGCUUCUGUUUUCUGAGAUUUCUUGGCCUUUUGGCUUAAAUUAAUUUUAUGAACAGUUAUUUGUUUAUUGUAAUUUCAGUCACUCUUUUCUCCUCUAAUCAGUAUUUUUCACAAAUUACGAAAAGUUAUAAAAUGUUCCUUGUAAAAAUGAAUCAUAGACUGUAUCAGUGUUAACACUUUCCUUUUUUGUCAUUCUCAUUUGCCUUCUGAUGAUUAUUAUGUCAGGGUUAGUAAAACAUUUUAAAAACUUCUUUCAGAGUGGAAUGCCAUAUUUUAUGCAACUUAAAUGACAGGUAAUAUAUAUAAAUGUACAAUCUCUUGAGGCAAAAUGAGUCUUUCAAUCCAUCUCUAUGACCCAGUUUCCUAGUUUUAUAAUUUUAUUGUUACAUUUAUAUAUACACUAUUAUACUUUCAUGCAUCAAUUGUUGUCAUUAUUACCACUUAACUGACAGUUUAAAAAUUUUUUUUUUUUUAGUUUGCUAUGAAAGGUGUGCAAAUGUUAUUUUCUGCCCUCAAAACAAAAAUAUUUGCUUGAUUCAUUUCAAACAGGUUUAACAUGUUCUUCAAGACUCAAAUUAUGGAAAUAAUUUGAGAAACUAUUAAGUGUUUAUUUGCAUUAGACUUGAUUUUAUAUCUCAGAGAAUAGAACAGUAAUAGUAACAGCAAGUUAUUUCUAAUUAUGCAUGUCAUGCUUUUGAAGCAUCUUGUAGACAGCAGUUUCAGAUGUCCUCAUGUUUUCAACAAUCUAAGCUACAACAAGGGUAUAUGUGUUGGGGUAAAGGGAUGCAUGCAUGUAUGUACAGAUGCGCAUGUAUUUAUGAGGAACCUAGGAAGUGAAUAGAUGGAGGUUAGGAUUUAAGGUAGAGUAUUAUAGAAAUGAGGUUAUAAGGUGUAAGGGUCUUGUUUAUUUAGAUGAACUAAAGCAACAGUAUCUGGCGCAUUCAGAUCUGUGCAGCCAAAAUGUGCAAAUGACAUUACCUGAAUUUCUUAUGUGUAUGUUUUGUGACAUUUUGCUCUUUGUGCUGCUAUUAUGUCUUCUAAUACUUCCUUUGUUUCAGGAAUAGAUAAACAUGUGCCCCUAAAAGUUCAUUCAAAAUAUGACUUUAAAUGUGCAAACUAAUUUUCAAACCAAUUUUUCUCCACCUUUCUUUGACAGAAAGAUCUUUGUUCUAUUCUGUAAUGCUGUAUUGUUGUGUCUUUGUAUAUAUGUUAUUUAUGUUUAAGUCUGUAAAUUUAUGUUCUGUUUAUUGCAAGUCUAUUUCUUAAAAGGAAUUAAUAAGCAAGCACUUUCAUAGAGCACCAUUCCCACCAACGCAGAGAAAAUUAUGGGUUUAUGUACAGUCCCUUACAUAACCAUACAGCAAGAACAUUUGGAAAGUAAUAAAUUGCACAACCAACAGUUAAGUCAUUUAUAGUGUUCAAAUAAAGUGGACAUGAAUAUCUAAGGGAAGUGAAGAAAUUUAAGUGGGGGGGGGGGGUAGAUAGGAGAGUGAAGGAACAUUACAAAAAUUGGGGAGAAAUUUCUAUGCUCUUACGUAUACCUUGAGAAUCAUUUUUAAGAGCCUGUUUCACUCUUUAGACAGGCCUCAAAAGGUCACGAGAAUGAUGGGUUGUCUUAAAAACUCAAAAGUGUUGGUCUUGUUAAAAAGAUAGCAACCACUUUGACCGGAAGGAUCAUAAUUUGAUUCCCUGGCUUUUAAAACCAUUAUUAAUGCUCAUACUGUUUAAACUCUUAAAAUUGUUUCUAGCUAUGUAAGAACAGUGUGAAAUAAUAGAAGUGUAUGAGUGGUAAAUUUGUUUUUGUUUACACAUGCACACAUGGCUGUGAGAGAGAGAAAGGGUAAAUGAUAUUCAUUUCAUAGAUUUAUAAAUCUAUGCACAACUCCUUCCAGGUUUUUCUCUCACAUUCUCAUAUACCUUAAAGUGUGCAGCUUACCAGAAAACUAAUAUCUGACAAUCUGUUUUUGAGAGAAAAGCAUUUAAUAAAACGCAUUUUAUGUUCAGGAUGGAAGUUUGAAGGAGGGCAUUGAAACAUCCCAACAUUCAUAUUCUUAGUGAGAAUUGCAGACAAGGCCAGACAAUUGAAUGGUUGUGAUACGAUAAUGUGCAAUUUUAAUAUAUUUGACAGAUAGCAGAUUGGAUUAUUUAAAUUUCUGCAAGUAAAAAUAUUCUUAUCCAUCAUGGUUUAAUUGUUAUUGCUUGCCAAGUAAUACCCCUACUAUCCUCACUUUGUCCCCAUGUUCCCCCCAACAAAAAGGUCAUGCAUGUUUAACACUUGAUUAUGUUCAUAAGCUCAAUUAUUUUAUACUUUUUGGAUACAUGUAUUACCUUGAAUAUUUUGUGAAUGAGUGGCAUGAAAGCAUGUCAUGGGAAGAAAUUCAUGGUUGCAGAGGCUGAUAUCCUACACAUUGAAUCAUGUUGUCCUCUAUCUUAAUAAUCGAAUAUAUGUAUAGGUAAUUUGUUGUUGCUCUUUCUUUCAUUUGUUGAUUGUUAGCAUAUAGAGUAAUUAAUAUGCAAACACUUGUUCAAAAAUAAAAAUCACUUCAUUUUUUUUUUCUUUUGGUUCCCACUACAAUGCAAGUUCGAUUUUCUGCUGAAUCUGGCAUUCCUUUCCUUUAUUAUGUUCAUAUUAAAGUGCAAUGAACAGCUCAUGUAAACAUAUCUUAGUAAGUAUCCAAUUAAAAUUACAAUAUGGCCAUCAAUUUGUUACCUUAUAAGAAUUUGUUUUCUCCACCCUCAUAUCCAUGUCCCUCUUCCAACCUGCAUGUUAGAUUGGUCAAAACGGUUGUGCAUUAAAUUCAUAAAUGCAUAACACAAAGCAGUUACAACAGGUUUGUGGUUCUGUCAUGCUACAUGCAGGUAAAAAUUAGUAAAGGUUUUUGAGGAAGACUAUGACAUUGCCAGACAGGAGAAAUUCACACAAACCUACCAGUUGCAUUGGCUUUUCCUCUAGUUUAAGUACAAUGCCCUAGAUAUGAUGAGCCACUUAGUGACUGCUACUGUUGUUUGAACCCAUUACCUAUCUUAUCCAUCUGCAGCCAUCGAUUCCAUUUCGCAUUAAACCUUCUCUUUUUCAGCUUGCAGCAAGCAUCAUAAAAAAACACUAACCUUAAUUUUAUGUUUGCCAACUUUAUAGCUCUUGCCUCAGCUUGCCAUCAAGGGCAGACAAAGCUUCUGAUGCAAGUUGACAAUAAUGGAGAAAGAACCAAGAUUAAAUUAUUAUUUUGUCCCAUGCAACCUUUCCUUUGUCAUUAAAGUGAAAUCCAUUUUGAUUUCCCCGUGAUUAUCAGAAAUGCUGGUACAUUGAUAAAACUACUGGGGGUAGCAAAGUGCUGUUUUGAAUAAAUGUAUCCAAAUGCUAAGAAAUACUGUAUAAUUCUGCAACAGCUUUGCUUUCCCUACCUAGUUCAUGCAGCUGUUUCUUUACUUUUGAUCACUUUUUUGAACAAAAUCUCAUUCUUUUCCAUUCUUUUAAAUUUUGUGUGGAUUUCUUAUUACAUUGUGUGUAGUGGCUUUUUUUUUUUUUUUUUUUGUGAUAUCUUUACUUACAAAAAUCUGUUCUGCUAUAUCAUCAGUGAUGACUUCCCUAUCGUGAUAUUUCAUGCCUCAUACAUCAUCCCAUUUAAGUUGCAAAUAUUGAAAUCACAAUUUUAUUUGAUGCUGUGCUUUCCCUAUGUGCAUGCACAUGCACGCCCAGCAACACGUGCAUGUACAAGCCAAUUUUAUGUACAUCAGGUUGUAUUUGCACAACUAAAAUAAAUGUCAGUCAUAUCUGUUCUCAUCA